GCCAUGGCCUCUAACGCUGAUUUUAUCGUGGGAGGACAAUAUCAACUAGUAAGGAAAAUUGGGGCUGGGGCUUUCGGGGACCUCUAUCUGGCAACCAAUCUGGCAACGGGCCAGGAUGUAGCCGUGAAGAUUGAAUCCCAGAGCGCCAAGAGACCUUAUUUGUUGUUUGAAAGCAAGCUCUAUGCUAUCCUCCAGGGUGGGGUGGGCAUCCCCCGCGUGCAUUGGUUUGGACAAGAGAAAAAUUACAGUGCUCUUGUCAUGGAUUUGUUGGGGCCCAGCUUAGAAGACCUCUUUAAUUACUGCCAUCGUAGGUUCAGUUUGAAAACUGUCUUGAUUUUAGCUGACCAGAUGAUUACCAGACUUGAGUAUCUGCAUAGUAAGAAUUUCAUACAUAGGGAUAUCAAACCUGAUAAUUUCCUGAUGGGCGUGGGGCGUCACCGCAACAAGUUGUUCCUCAUUGAUUUUGGUUUAGCUAACAGGUAUCGAGACAGUACGACCAAAGAACAUAUCCAGUACGGAGAAAACAAAAAUCUAACUGGCACUGCUAGGUAUGCCAGCCUUAAUGCCCACCGUGGUGUAGAGCAAAGCCGUAGAGAUGACCUGGAAUCACUUGGCUAUGUGCUGAUGUAUUUCAUCAGGUCAAGCCUUCCCUGGCAGGGACAAACAGGGGUAAACAAGCUGGAGAAAUAUAUAAACAUUGGUAAAAAGAAGAUGGCCACAUCUAUUGAAACAUUAUGUCAGGGCUUUCCACCAGAAUUUGCCACAUACCUCAACUACUGCCGCUCUCUGGGCUUUGAAGACACUCCAGAUUAUUCCUAUCUGAGGCAACUAUUCAGCGUCCUUUUUAAAUCGCUGUCCAAACCAAACCAGCAGGGUGAUUGUACCUUUGACUGGAGCAUCCUGAAGCAUAGGACACAGCGGGCAAUUGUUGCUGGUGGGCUUCGGGAUUACUACCCAGUAAAUUUCUAA